ACAUAUCCUUUGGUUAAUAAUCAUUUUAAUCUUUAUUAAUAUAUUAAUAUAUAACUGCAUUUUAGUAGCUAAUUGUUCCAAAAGUAAGAUAAAACUGCUCAUAAUCUCAGUAGGCCAUUACCUCAGAGCGGUUGCUAAGUGACAAGAAAGUCCUAAGACCAGGAAAACACAGAUGAGAGAAUGGAGAUAACUUCAAAAAGUGUGGUGGCAAAAGGCAACGUGGAGGUCCUCCAGAUCUAUAAACUCCUGCAAUAUGUGCUGGAAAAGAACAAACCACAGAUAAAAAAGAUGGUCCAAAUGGGUGUGUCCGACCUGAUAAAUAUGACUGAGCCCAAACAGGGACUGGGUGCCUUGUAUCAGGUGACUGUGGACCAUGAUGAAGACCUCGUACAGUUCCUUCUGUCCCUGAAAGCCCAUCCUGACAUACAGGACAAGAAGGGCUGCACACCAGUGAUGCUGGCUGCACAGCUGGGCUACUACAAGAUUCUGUACCUUCUGAUCAAACAUCAUGCAGAUGUGACUCUCACAGAUGAAGAGGGAAAAGGGGUGCUGUUCUACUGUAUCUCUCCAUCUAAAGAACAUGCUCUCUGCCUGCAGAUGGUGCUCAGCAGCAAUGCAAAUGUCAACAAUGUUUCUAACUCAGGGAAGCCACUGCUUGUGUUCGCAUGUGAAAAUGCAAAGGACUGUGAAGACUUAUGCAUAAACAUAUUGGAGAAAGGAGCUGAUCCAAAUGCAGCAGAUCAGGUGACACAAUGCUCUGCGCUCAUGGAGGCCUCUAAGGCUGGUGCUGUGAAGCUUGUCAGAGCCAUUUUACAAAAAGGGGGGAAUCCUAACUUGCUUGAUAAAGAAGGACUGUGUGCUGCCCACUUUGCUGCAGAAGGAGGUUUCCUUGAGGUUUUACAGGUGCUGUCUGCAUACUCCGCUGACAUGGGUAUCAGCACAACAAAGGGUAACACACCAUUGCACUUUGCUGCUGCUGGCGGCUUCAAUGAGUGCUGUAGAUUCCUGGCCCAAAGAGGAUGCAAUCCCAAACUGAAGAAUCUGGAAGGUCUUCUUCCAAGCCAGGUCGCCAAAAACAGUGGCCAGAAAGCUGCACUGAAGGAGCUCAAGAAAGCAGAGAAAAUGCAUGUGAAGCUUUCUGCGCCUGAUGCCGUAAACCCCAAUGAACUCUGUGCCGUCACCCUUCACGACUGGUCCUGUGAACAUGAGGCAACCUUGCGCAGAGCCUUUGAAAUCGCUGAAGGACAGGAUAAACCUGUUGAAAAAGUUUCUCUGGAAACAUUUGUGUCUUUACUGCAGGUGCAUCGAGCUCCUGUUAGUAAAGAGAACCUGCAAAGGAUCAUCAAGGAACAUGACAAAAACCAUGAAAGUGUCAUCAAUGUAAAUGAGUUUUUCAAAGGCCUCAAGUACCUCCAGAAGGCAUUUGUCAUCUCAUCCUACGCUCCUAAGCCAGCUAAGAAGGAAAAGGGUGGCAAGGGAAAAAAGAGUGGCAAAUUUGCCACGCCAUUGCCCAUAUGCACAAUGCCACCUGAGCUGAUUUGCAGAAGAGAGGACAGUGGACUGCCUUACUACAUGAUCGAGAGCUACCAGCCGUUCGCUGACACCAAACGUUUCAACCGAGACCGGCCACCAGUUCACCCCAUUGAGAAUGACUCUGCUUGGUAUAUUGAUGAUCCUGAAAAGAUCUAUACCAACAUCAAUUACUGUGUGAAAACUGGAGAUUUAGAUUCUCUUAGCCUGGCAUUUACCCAACAAGUGCCUGUUGAUAUCAAAGAUCAGUUCUUUAAGACACCACUCAUGACAGCAUGCAGCUGUGGCAACUACCAAGUAGCUAAAUUCCUCAUUUCACUGAGGGCUGAUGUCAAUGCAGUUGACCAGUUUAACUGGACGCCCCUCCACCAUGCUUGCCAUGCAGGUCAUGUAGACAUUAUCAAGAUGCUGGUGCAAUCUGGAGCCAUGGUGGAUGCAGUGGCAAUGAAUGGAGCAACUCCACUCAUGAGAGCUAUUGAAAGCUGUCGUUUCAGCUGUGUAGAGUAUCUCAUCAAAGCUGGAGCCAAAGUCAUGGCAGAAAACAAGAGAGGGCAAAAUUGCUUGGACGUUGCUAUAUAUUAUGGUGAUGCUAGAAUCAUUGCAUUGGUCCUUGCCAAAUCCAACAUUCUUCCAAAAAAUAAAGACAGUGGUAAAGGAAAUGAAAAGAAACCACAACCAGCUUCAAAACCAGCUUCUUCGGUACAAGAAAAGAAGGAUGUUCGAUCAGUUUCAGCAGCUGUGAAAACAGAGCUGAGAGACAAUAUCAUAGUUAAGAAUCCAAAGUUCACCAUACAAAGUGGCACCAACAAGACUGACAUCAGCUUUGUCCCCAAAACCCUUUGGGGAAAACAGAUCACCAACAGUCCACAGCACAAUGAGAAAGAGAAGGGAACACUUUGAGGAAAUUAUGACUCUCAAGGACUUUAACAAGAGCAUCCCAGACCUGAAAGGGAUGGGGCAGUCGGAAGAGAAGGGAAUAAACUAAAUGUCUCGGCGCAAUAGCUGAUUUCCAUUCAGAGCUAUUGUCUGUCUUUCGUUUCUGACAAAUUAGUCUUUCCCAGACUUGUUUGACUUUUGUCAUUUGAGCAAAAAUGAAAGAUAGCUACAGAAGGACCACAGAAAAACCCUAUAAAUCCCCCUUUUUUUGACACUGGAUAAAAAUAACCUUUCAUAGUCAGUCAUUGAGAUGCACAGUGGUCACCUUACUGUGCUGCCAUUUGGAUUAUUGCUAUACAAACCCCUGACCGAGAGCACCACCUGCUCUAUAAGCCAUUUUCCUUUACGCUUCUCCUGUGACUUUGGCUUUAAUCACCAACCCCCACUGAACACAGGAAAAGGAGAUGACAGUCAUACAUUUUAAGGUAACACAUUAAUCAGUGUAGGUGAUUGUGUAAUUUGAAUAUACACAUGCAUGUUUUAAAUAUCAAACUGGCCAGUAGGGGGUGGUCAGACACAAUAAUAUAAUUAUAUAAUACAGUUUUUCACAAUUGCUAAGACACUAAACCUUAUUCUCUGAAACAAAAGGCCUAAACCUAUUUGUCGAAAAACAAAAAUCACUCACUAAAACACAUUUUGGUUCUAUUUUCACAAGUAAGGUGUAUAUUUUCAAAGCUCUUGGUACAAAAAUACAAACUGAUCACACACAGCUAGUCAUUCUUUCAAAACCUGAUCCUAUGCUUUCAUUACAGUUAUACACAGUUUUUAGUCCACAUAAUUAUUAUAAUAUGUAAAGAGAACAUUUGGUUUAAUCACCGAAACACAAGAGUAUGAUCUUCUUUCUGAAAGUUCAUUUAAAAGCAAACAUUGUAAUAUACAUGUUUCAAAUCACCCUUGUUGCUGAAAUAAUUACAGUAACACAGGCUACAGAUGUCACAUUAGCAAAUACACUUACCUAACUUACAUAACAUAAAAUCCAUAAUGUUUGUAAUAAUAUCUAUUCAGAAACUGCAAAGUAUCUAUAGAAUCUGUAUCUAUAUAAAUCUAUGUACUGUACCAAAUGAUUAAUUGAUUAACCAUUAAAAUCAUUUGGAUUAAAUACAAAUGUAUUAAACUGAAUGAUAAGUGAUGCAAAUCAAAAGUUUGAUAUUGAUAACAUUAUGAAAGGCAGUUAUGUGAAUGAAAAGUUUAUAUAGAUGAAAAACAUUGUGUUGUGAUAAGGAUACUUUGUGAUUUUGUAUAUUGCACUAACACAAUGAAAAACAUGCUGAAAUGUUUGAAAAAAGUGAAUUUUUGAUUAUCUAUUUUGAGAGUAGUUCUGAAAAUGUACCACUUGCUUGUGAAAACUGCACCAAACCAAUUAAAAAAAAAAAAAAAAAAGCAAACUACUGGAAGAAUCCAUUUUAUUUUUAUUUAUUUUUUGUAUUUAUUUAUUUUUUUGUUUUGUGCUCAGUGGGAAUUUAGCCAAGCAUGCUAAAAUGUAAAUGGAGAAAUUAAAAGACUGUCUGGGCCUAGUGUAAUGAGGAUGUGAUCCUGUUAGUGGUGCUUGAAUUGCUUGCUAUUGCCUAAAAGACCCUAGAAAACAAACAGGACACACUCUCUCUUUCUCUCUCUCUCUCUCUCUUUCUCUCUCUCGC